AUUUGUUGUUGUUUUCAAGUACUCUUCACAAAGGAGGUACCUGUCAAAUGAAAAUGCUUAAGAUUUUUAGAUUUAUUUCAAGUUUAAAAACAACUAAUGUACGAUCAUGUAUAGCCCAAACUGGUCAAAUUUCAAUGAUCAGACACAUCAAAAUAUACACAAGAACUGGGGACAAAGGAACCUCUGCAACAUUUACUGGUGAAAGAAGAAGGAAAGAUGAUGCAAUUUUUGAGGCACUUGGGACUACAGAUGAGCUAACUUCAGCCAUUGGAUUGGCAAAAGAGUUUUGCAAAGAUGCAGGGCAUCCAUUUAUUGAUAGGCUUGAUGAGUACAAGGUUUUGUUCUGUCUGAUCAAACCAAUGCAGAUUCAGUGCAUUCUACAAGAUGUCAGUGCAAAUAUUGCAACACCAAAGUCUUCAGCAAGGGAAUCUCAUACAAACCUGACAGAAUUCAGCAGUAAGAACGUACCAACCCUGGAAGCAUGGAUUGAUGAGUACACUGAACAGUUGCCUCCCUUGAAGAAUUUCAUUUUACCUAGUGGAGGAAAAAGUGCAACAUCACUACAUUUAGCUAGAACAAUAUGUAGACGAGCUGAACGAAAAGUUACAACAUGUGUGCGUGCAAGAGAAAUGGAUAUGGAGCCUCUAGUAUACCUCAACAGACUAAGUGACCUCCUGUUCACAAUGGCUCGCCUAGCAGCUCACCUGGAGGGGCAGGAAGAGAAGAUCUACCGUCCUAUCAAUCAUCCAACCUCCAAGGGGAACAAUUAGACCUUUCAUAUACAAUUUAGAUAAUAUGCAAAUGUCAGUACAUGGGUUGUUGUAGCUGGUAGUUGUUUUCUUCAAUAUGUUUUCAUGCUUUUGAGCUAUGCAGAAUAAAAACUAUAAAGCAAAA